AGCUCGUAGUCUUGUUUCCAUGCAACAGUACGUAGCUACCGGCCUUUCUCGUCGUGCAUGCCCCAUCCUCCAUGCGCCUGAUUCCCGAGGCGUGGGUGUCGGACAGUCGGCUCUAGUCGGAGGAUUGCUGAUUGUUCUUGUGCUCUUUUUCCUCGGCAAGGGAUUACUCCUACGUUCUAACUGCACCACGACCAGCAGGUUCGGGAAAUGUGAUCCAUGUUGCGAGUUCUGAACAAAUUUGGAAUUCGGAUUCAAAAUGUGCGUAAUCUUCUUGCCGUCGCCGGUUCUUGAAGAGAUGGCGAGACCCCGUUCGGAUACGUCGAUUGCUCUGGGAAGAUUCCGCGUGCGUAGAUCGUGCGGCUCCUUCGAUCCGUGAACGAGCCAGCAUCCGUCGUGAAAUUCGCCACUGGAACUGGACGUGGGAAUUGGAACGCACAAGCGAUUACCGCUUGCGAUAAUCGAUCUGCACGGAAACUCUGGCUCUCCGGGAAGAGGGAAUUGGACGAGAUGGAGAAUACGAACUUCGUGCCGGCUCAGAUCGAUUCGUGGAGCGAAUCGGCCAUAGUUUCGGUCAGCCCCGCCGUACCCGGCGGAUAGUGCUGCGCAAGACGACGGCGGAGGCCUUUAGAGAAGCUCGGUGAUGCCCCGAAUCGUGCGGAGGCUACAGAGCGCAGGAGAUCCGGCUUUCGUGCGCGGUUUGGAAUUCGACCGCGUCGUGAGGAGGAGGAGGACCGGGAGAUUUCGGGAGAGGAUGCGCUGGAAAUAGACCCGAGCGUAAAUGAAGACCACAGAAGCCAACAGGAGGUCGCAGCACCAGCCGGACGUGGGCUCGGUUCGCAGCAUGCUCAUCGCUCGUGCGCACGAGAAAACCACAAUUCGACGCGACCUGCGAGGGAAGUCGAGGGAAUCCGCGGUUCAAAAGUGCAUGGAGUAUCGACUCGAGAGAUCCGAGCCAGAGCAGCGGACGAGUUUCAAUUCUUCAGAGAGCGUCGUCAAUUGUCGAGAAAUGUGGUCGACGGUUGCCAGCCUGUGAAAUGCGUGACGAUGGGCUCGCAGAAGAAGAUGAAGGCGAUCAUCGAUCCGAGCAAAAAGCUGAUCUCGAGCGAUCCCGUCGCGAUGCAGAGGAAAUGUAGCGCUGCCAGUCGGGCUCUGAACGUGGCCAUGCCGCUGGCUCUCGUGGGAGCCCUGAUUCUGGUCCUGAGCGAGCUGGACCUGUCGGCCGUCCACCCUUACAUGAGAUCCUCCUCCCCCACGAAGGCAAACAAUUUCCGCUGGCGAGUGAGUCCGAACGAAGCAAACCGAACCAUUCGCACCUCCGGUAGAUCCAAUGGAGGCGACGAGCUGGAGUGGGUGCAGUUCCCCGUCAUAGCGAACGAGACGCAGCUGCGAUUGGCACAGAUCGAGGCGAAUGGGACGCGCCGGUGCCAUGGAGUGCGCACGCACACGGGCCUCGUCGAGGGCCUGCAGCCCGAGGCCGAGGGGCGGCCAUUGCGCCUGGUGGCGGGCGACAUCGUCGAGUUCCGGAUCGUGUCGGUGGCGGAGGACGGCUCGAGGCGCUGCGCGGGUGGGGAUUUCUACGAGACGGAUCUGAGCAGCGAGUUCUGGAAAUCGCGGCCUCCGGUGGUGGACAAUGGCGACGGCACGUACUCGGCUCGGAUGCAGGUGGACCCCCGAUUCGCCGGGCUCUACACGCUGAGAAUCAGCCUGCUGUACGCGAAUUUCCACGGCAUGCAUCUGCUGGUGGUGGACGAUCUGAAUCCGUGGAUGCGCGAGGACGAGGUUCUGGUGCAGGAAAUCGAAUUCGUCGAGCGGCCCGACGCGCCUCGGGCUCAGAUUCGGCUCGACCGAUGCGCAGAGGAGGAUUACGAUUUGAAGCAGUGGAGCGGCAGAUGGACGCGGACCGAGUACAACAGCGAGUGCGAUAUCGAUGGCGCCGGCAGGUUCCUUUGCCUGCCGCCCGGGACUCGAUGCCGCGAGCCAUGGUGCCAGGGGCCUCUGGACGCCCUCGAGAGCAAUGGGUGGUCGUAUUCCGCCCACUGCAGCUUCAAGCUCUUCACGGAGGACGAGGCCUGGCAGUGCCUGGACGGCAAGUGGCUCUUCUGGUGGGGGGACUCCAACAACCUCGACACCGCCCGCAACCUUCUGAAUUUCGUGCUCGGCCUCGAUGUUGGGCCGAAAAUGGCUCGCGGGACCGAUCGCGACUACGUCCGUCCUUCGAAUAAUUCCGAUCCCCAGCAGCAGCAGCAGCAGUCGGUGCGCAUGUCCAACAUAUUCAAUGGGCAUUCCGACAUCAUAAAAAACUACCAGGGCCUGUUCGCGCUGACGAGCGAGCGGUUCAGGGCGGCGAUGAGGGCCUACUUCCAGAAGGACAAGAGCCCCGACGUGAUGAUUAUGAAUUCGGGCUUGCACGACGGCUGCUUCUGGCCGAGUCCCAUGCUCUACGUGCAGCAAGGCCUGCAGGUGGCGAUCGAGUUUUGGAAAUCGGUUCUCGACGGCAUCCUUCCCAAAUCUCCUCGACUUGUGUACCGCACCACGAUCGCGGUCGGGGGCAAGUCGCGAGCCCGAGGAUUCAAUCCUCACAAGAUGGAAUGGUUCAACAAGUUCAUGGUGGAGAAGCUCCAGGGCACCGGCCUGGCCAACAUGCGCAUCGUGGACGGGUUCGAUCUGACCUUCCCUUGGCACUACGACAACGAUCACAACGACGGCGCUCACUACGGCAAAGCGCCGUCUAAUACAACCUGGGUGAAUGGAAAGAUCGGCCACCAGUACUUCGUGGACCUCAUGCUCGUGCACAUCCUCUUGAAUGCCAUCUGCGAUAGCUCGUGAGCUUAUCGUGAGUGAGAAGGCCCCUUCUUCUUCGCCCAUCGGCCACGGCACGUCGAAUUUAUCGUGGAACAGCAUCGGUGCCCGGAUGUUGGACUUUGGCUAGAGCACGCUAAGCUUCUGCAGGAGAUUCAAGGGUGGUACUGCUCUGUCAAACGAGCAUAAUUUACAGAGGGAGUGGCUCGAAAUGCCGAAGCCAGCAUCGGUUUCCAGCCGUCAGUUAUCAGGAUUCACCUAGCUCGGAAAAGUGUGGCCCGAGGUAUCCAGAUAUAUAUACAGCAGCUGAAAUUCCAGUUCAGAGAGAGAGGAGAGGAGAGGGAUGGGAUGGGUAGUCAUGGUGGGUGAAGAUGGUGUCGAGAGCAUCGACACGGUCUCCUCUCUCCUGUUCCCACUCGAUCGAACAAGGCGCAAGUCCGGCGAUACGGAAUGCAUUGUAAAUUACAUUGAUUUUGGUAGAGCAGAACUAGCUAGUGUAACAUACACCAAAAGUACUCUUGAGAAAACUCAAGAGGUCGUAGAUUAUGCUGUCCAAUGUCCCGUUUCUCAAACAAGGAAACGUUGUUGUGACUCGCUUGUCAUUUGAAUCUCUCACGGGAAGAUUUUGAUAGAAAAGACUCCUUGGCAUAACACGCUGUAAUGCUGAAUUCGGCAACAACAAGAUUAAGAAAAUAUAAUGCCGAUAUAAUUUGACCAGAGUCUUAGCAAUAAAGGGAAAAUAAUAAUACCGACUAAAAUAGCAAAAAAGGAUGCGAAGAACCUAUAGAGCCUUUUGUGGCUAGCCACAAUAGCAUCACACUGAGAAACAUGUCC